AAUUGGCGCCAUUUAUAAACGCAACUGCACUUUGUUAAGCCCAAGAGUCCUACACGUGACAAGAUGUUGCUGAAACGACAAUCUGAGUGUGCGACUGUUUACCUGGUCGUUGCAGUUUUUCUUGCAUUGCACCCGACGCAAAUGGAGGCCGCUACCUUGAGAAGGACAGAAAAAAGGGAUGGACGGAAAGAACCGACUGCGAGCAGCAUUCGAGAAGGAGUCAUCUUAUUUGGCAAAGCUCCUAAAAAUGCUUCCUUGGAUGAUGACACUUCUUACCAAGCCGACUUUACAGGAUUUCACAAAGGAAAGGUUUUCGAUGUCAGCUCAAAAGAAGCUCAGUGGAAGCGCAUGUCCCCUUCGCUGCUGUGUGGAUCGGACCACAUGAAAUUCCGAGCUGUUGGAUCACCUGUGAAGUAUUUGGCACUGAACCAACAUCCUCCCAUGCCUUUGUCCCAUAUGCCUACAACCUGUGGCUACAAUAUGCAUAGCCACCCCUUUGGCCUUGUAAUGGAUGUCCCCUAUGGUGGCUGCUAUGUUGUCCAUGAGCAUGGACACUACCAUCUUCAACUGCUUUGGAAUGGAAUCCCGGUGACCCUGAUUUGCCCAAAACUGCUAGAUGUUUCCGCAACUGCAUCUCCAGUGACAGACUACCCAUUCACAUUACCUUGGCACCAGCCUACAGCUGUAGCCCCGCAAGACCCCACUUACCCUCAAGUGCCUCCAGGGUUUCACCAUUCUCCCUAUUUCCAGUACCUCUUUCAACUGCUCCCGAAAACAGGGCAAAAUUCAGCUCACUGGCAGUUUCAGAAUCAGAAUCAUUGGCAUCAUCUACACCACAAAACUAGCCAAUCUACUUCGUCUCCACAAGAUGCAGCAAAUGUUUACAAUUUGUACCAACAGCUUCUGCAACAAAACCAGGCCACUACUACCACCGCUUCCCCACAAGAUCAAGCUUCUAUGCAGGCUAAGCUUUCCUAUCUGUACCAAAUGCUUCAACAAAACCAGGGCUAUACUACCCCUUUCCCACAAGAUCAGUCGUCUAUGCUGGCUUACUUUUACUAUCUGAACCAACUGCUUCAACAAAACCAAACCUCUACUGCCUCCCCACAAAAUUCCAGCUUCUGGGAAUGCUUAUCUUCACUAUUUGUAUCACCUACUCCAAAAGCAUAACUACCCCACCGCAACUCCACAAGACCCUCUCUUUGAGCUGCCUAAAGGGAUGUCUCCAUAUUUUUACCACUUGCUCAAACAUCUAUACAAAGCCAAAGGAUCUACAACUGCGAUGCCACAGUGGGGGCAGCAUUUGGGAUCCCAUAUGUAUCCCUGGCUGUAUGCUAAUCAAGGUGAAGCAUCAGGUUCGUCUGACCAGUCCAAAUCAUCUUAUAUGUCCGACCCCUACUGGUAUUCCCUCUAUGCCAGCCAAGCCUCUACAGGUGCAGCAACUACUGCACCUCCCUCCUCUGGUCAUGUGCCUUGGUAUGGCCAAGGGAAAAUUCCAUGGUGGUUCCCCGGACAAGCAGACCAGACUACAGCUUCACCCAAGCCUUCAAAGUAUGGCCAGUUUCCUAUGUGGUAUCCAGUGCAACAAACCACUGCCAUGCCAACUAUCAAGGCUCCAGGACAGUGGCCGUUUAAUCCUGUUGAAGUUUCUCAGCUGCAGAGCAAUUUCGGCAUGUCAGAAUAAAGUUUGAGAAAAUCCUAAGUUUGGCUUUCUCUUCACUGUGCUAAAUCAGUUUGUAAGGGGUAAUUUGAACAAUUUAGUCUGUCUGCUAUAAGGGGCCAAAAAGCAUAGUGACCAGACUGAACAUGGUAGGCUUACAGAUAUCUUUACUGAAGAACUUAAGGGGGUAAAUUCCUUGCAAAAUGGUGGUUGGAUGUCUUUGUCAAUGCUUGGAGAAAUCUUUAAAGGAUUAGUUGCAGUGAAACUUAACAUGUACUUAUGUAAUUUCUCAAACUACUUCAACUUGACACAUGCUAUUUAGUAUCUCUUCUCACUAAAGCAGUUUUGUAUGAACAAGAGUUUGCAAGUUUUUUAUUUUUUGUUGAAAUGAGUACUUCGUCAACUGCAGGCUGACACCUGCUUUGACUUGUUCAUUUGCAGACUGGUAAAAUGACCCUUUUAACAUGGAGAAUGAACUGUUUCUACAGAGGCCAGUGCAUGCACACCCCAUUCUGUCUGUUCGUGUACAUCUUAGUCCUCUUCCUUUGGGCGUCCCGUGAUGACACACAUACACAGCUCUUCACACUUCACUGCCUCUAAGCUGCACGUGACACAGACACUGCUAUCCUUUUGAAAAGGACCAUUGUGCAGCAGUGGUCUUCCUACUCAGUCCAUAUAAAAUGUCUUCUUUUACUAGGUUAAAAUAAUGUAGAACACUGGAGGUUACAGAUCUGAAAUUUAGCUGGGAAACUGGCCUCUGGUCUGUUCAAAUCAUUCUGUCUACAUCAGAGAGAAAUCACGAUGCUCUGGAUUGUACUUCAGAAUAGGACAACAUGUCAAUAGCAGUGACAGUAGCUCCAACCCAUCCACCCUGUAUCUUUAUGGAGGACUAUGAUGUGGAUAUGGAAGAGGAGGAUGCAUUGUUUGUGAUGAAGGCUCCGCCACCCAAACCCUGGUGGAUGGAGUAUGAGGAGGACACCCGGCACCGGAGCACCACGCGGGGCUGCAUGGUUAACAGUCGUAGCUGGGCCGAAGAGCUCCAGGACAUCAUAGCACAGGCCCAAACCGAAGACUGUUGUGGUGAAGGAAGAACAAGACUCUCCUCCAUCUCUGCCCAGAGGAACGAGAGGGAGUCCAUCAGGCAGAAACUUGCCCUUGGCAGUUUCUAUGACGACGAGCCCGUCAUCUACACUAGCAGCUGCAGCAAAAAUGGACCGUCCUCCCGUCGGCAAAGUGCUGUGAACCUGCAGGUAUGCUUUGUCAAUGACAGCAGCAGUGACAAGGACAGCGACGCAGAGGACAGCAGGACGGAGACCAGCCUGGACACUCCUCUGUCACCUGUGAGCAAACAGAGCUCUUCUUUGUCCGACCGGGACACAGCGGAGGAGGACUCAGACCCUUUAGAUGACUGUGGGGGCUUCUGGAGGGUCCAGAGGAGGCUGCAGGAGGAGGCUCGCGUGGCUCUGGCCCUGGCUCGGCCCAUGGCUCGAAUGCAAGUGGAAGUGGAAAGACAGAUCCAGCUUCAUCGAAGGUCACCUGUGGCUGACCUGCUCCCCAAUCUUCCUCACAUCAGUGAGGGCCUUAUGAAGAGGACUCUGCGGAGAGGGGACAUGAGGGACAUGAAUCUUGGACAACUGCAAGUCAUCACUAAUGACUUACACUCCCAGGUUCAGAGUCUGAAUGAGGAGCUUGUGCAGCUCCUGCUCUUGAGGGAUGAGCUUCAUGUUGAACAGGAUGCUAUGCUCGUUGACAUUGAAGACCUUACCCGGCAUGCUCAUACCCAUUAUCGACACCAGACAGAGAAAGCUAUGUCAAAAUAAAAGCCCUGUUCCAGUGUCCUGCACGCCACCAACAUACAACAUGGUCCAACACUCAUGUUACUAAUGACUCCAUCUGUAUUGGCUGUCCUUAGAGAAUUAAUUGCAUCAUACCUUUGGAUUACAGGAUAAUGUUGGAAAAAGGGUAGAGCUGGGUGCAUUGUGUAGAAAAGAUUUUCAUUUCUUUUCACAGCAUGAACAAACAUUGUGUGAAUAGGCCAGAUGAACAACUCCAACUUCAAUUUAAAUUAAUUUCACAAAUAUUACAUGGUUUUAUUUGAACUUUUACAACCAUUGUUGCCAAGCAAGUGAAUGAAUUCAUAUUUAGAACAAUAUUAUAUACAAUAUAAUAUAUUAAGUAUACAGUAUACUAACAUGGCUAGACAGUAUAACACUUACAUACAAUAUGUAGUUAUCAGCCUGCUUCACUUUGUUGCUCUAACAUGGCAGCAGCUUUAUCAAUGACAGUUGGAUGAUGACAGUUGGAUAAUGACUCACUGCUUCACCUCAAAUGUUAAAAUGUUUUGAGAAAUGUACUAAUGUAUUAAGACCUUUCAUUUGCCAAAUGUACUCCACAUUUUAUGGUUCCAUUUAGUGGGAUAGUUAAUGCAAACGUGGAGACAAUUUUACAUAAAAAAUAUGCAAUGCGUUUUGCUCAAGUUUACUAAUGAGAUGUGUUUAUGUAAACAGCAUAAGAAGACAUAUUUAUUUGUCAAUACAUAUUUAUGGACACCGUGUGUAAAUGUAAAAGACUUUAUUAAAGAUGAAGGAUACGCCUUGUUUAGCUAGGUUUCCACUCGCUUUUUACCACAGAUGUCUUUAUAUGCUUUGUCAGUGGUUGUAAAAAUAAAGUGUGUGAACGUAA